GGCGUAUGCACUAAAAUAUGAGUGCGCAGACAUUCUGUUAUUAUUAAACUAUUAAUACGUCGUUAUAAAUAUUUGCUAUCUUAAAAAAUAACAAAGAAUUAUCAGUUUACAUUCUAAUCGAGCUACUUCAAUUAGUCGACGAACGAAGUCGUAUAUUUGUAUUAUUCAACAUGACCCCGAUUGCAGUUCUAUCGAUUUUCGCGCUGUGUUUUUCCGGCUCUUUGGGAAAAUACCAGCCGGACUGGAAGAGUUUAGACACCAGGCCCUUGCCGCAAUGGUUCGACGACGCGAAAAUCGGAAUUUUCCUCCAUUGGGGAGUUUUCUCCGUGCCCAGCUUCGGCUCCGAAUGGUUUUGGAACAACUGGAAAGGGAAGUCGGAAAAAUACGUCGCUUACAUGAAGCAGAAUUACCCGAAAACUUUUACAUAUCAAGACUUUGCUAAAGAUUUUACGGCGGAAUUUUUCGAUCCCGACGAAUGGGCCAAGAUUUUCGCCAAUUCCGGAGCAAAAUACAUUGUAUUAACCAGCAAGCACCACGAAGGAUUCACUCUAUGGCCCUCAAAAUACGCUUAUAGUUGGAAUUCCGCCGAUGUUGGACCAGCAAGAGACCUCGUUGGUGAGCUUUCAAAGGCAGUAAGAUCCAGGAACCUGACGUUCGGCGUUUACCAUUCGCUCUACGAGUGGUUCAAUCCCAUUUACCUGUCGGAUAAGCAGACGAAUUACACCAAACGGGAAUUCGUUGAGAAUAAAAUCAUUCCGGAGAUGGUGGAGUUGAUAGAGAAGUACCGGCCGAGCGUUCUGUGGUCCGAUGGCGAUUGGGAGGCGUACGAUUCCUAUUGGAAAUCCACCGAAUUUUUGGCGUGGCUCUACAACGACAGUCCCGUGAAAGAUGAAAUUGUUACCAACGAUAGAUGGGGGAUCGAUAUACCGUGCCACCAUGGAGAUUUUUACUCGUGCAAAGACAGGUAUAACCCUGGUACCCUUCAAAAGCACAAAUGGGAAAACGCCAUGACUAUCGACAAGCAAUCAUGGGGAUUCCGAAGAAACGCCAAAUUAUCUGAUUAUUACACCAUAGAAGAACUUAUUAAAGAAUUAGUAUCGACAGUCAGUUGCGGAGGUAACCUCCUAAUGAACGUGGGCCCCACGAAAGAGGGAAUAAUCGCGCCGAUUUUCCAGGAUCGCCUGAGCCAAAUGGGCGAAUGGUUAAAAAUCAACGGGGAGGCUAUUUACGGCACGAAGCCUUGGUUUUACCAAAACGACACUUUAGCUAAUGAUGUAUGGUACACCGGCAAAGGACAGGCUUUUUACAUCAUUGCCCUAAACUGGCCGAAGGAUAACAUUUUGGUGGUGAAAUCUCCAUUGAAGUAUUUCCGCUCGGUUGAUACUGCAGUAACCUUACUUGGAAAUGAAAAUGAUGGCAUAUUGAAGUGGACAGUCGACCAAUCCGCUGUCAACAUAAAAUUUCCCGAUUUAGCAACAGUUAGAAGCAAAUGGGCUUAUGUGUUGAAAAUCACAUUCCAUUAAUCUUUCCAGCAAACUGGCUCUUCUUUUCAUUGCCUACAUUCGUAAUUCUG